AUGCGCCGCGGGGCGCUCCCGCUGGCGCUGCUGGCUGCGCUGGCGGCGGUGGCGGCGGUGGCCGGGCAGGGCCGGCCCGUCACCGACAGCGGCGCGCAGACGCCGCCCACGCCCUCCAGCUUCACGCCCAAGGAUAACUUCCUCAUCGACUGCGGCGGCACGGCGCCCGUCACGGCGGGGGGCAAGUCCUACAAGACCGACGCGCAGGCCAACCACCUGCUCGCCGCCAAGGACGCCAUCCGCGUCGCCGACGACAAGGCCGACGUGCCCUCGCCGGUCUACUCCACCGCGCGGGUCUUCAAGGAGGAGGCCGUCUACAGCUUCCCGCUCGCCGUCCCCGGCUGGCACUUCAUCCGGAUCUACCUCUUCCCGCUCAAGGGCGGCGACGUCGACCUCGCCUCCGCCACCUUCAGCGUCGUCACCGACGACUACGUCCUGCUCCACAGCUUCACCCCGGAGAACAAGCCCGUGCUCAAGGAGUACCUCGUCAACGCCACCGAGAACCACCUCGCCGUCAAGUUCCAGCCGCUUACGGGCUCCGCCGCCUUCGUCAACGCCCUCGAGGUCGUCAACGCCCCCGACGAACUCAUCACCGACUCGGCGCUUGCCAUCGCGCCGCUCGGCGAGACCAGCGGCCUCGUGCACGACGCGUACCAGGUGCUGUACCGGCUCAACGUCGGCGGCCCGGCCAUCGGCCCCGCCAACGACACGCUCGGCCGGCGGUGGGACCCCGACACGCCGUACGUGCAGUCCAAGGAGGCGGUCAAGGACGUGUCCGUGCCCACCAGCACCAUCAAGUUCCCCGACGGGACGUCCAGGCUCGUCGCGCCCACAGCGGUGUACGCGAGCGCCGCCAAGAUGGCGGACGCCGACGUCGGGAACGCCAACUUCAACCUGACGUGGAAGGUGGACGUGGACGCGUCCUUCAGCUACUUCGUCCGGCUCUUCUUCGCCGACAUCGUGAGCAAGGCCGCCAACGACCUAUACUUCGACGUGUACAUCAACGGGCGCAAGGCCAUCUCCGGGCUGGACCUGUCGACGGUGACCGGCGGCGAGCUCGCGGCGCCCUACUACAAGGACUUCGUGGUGAACCAGACGGUGGCGACGGACAAGCUGAGCAUCCAGGUGGGUCCCAUGGGGCAGGACACGGGGCGCAUCGACGCGCUGCUCAACGGCAUCGAGGUGCUCAAGAUGAGCAACUCCGUGGGCGCCCUGGACGGCGAGUUCGGCGUGGACGGGCGCAAGGCCGACGACGGCAGCGGCAGCCGGAAGGCGGUGGCGGCGGUCGGGUUCGCGAUGAUGUUCGGCGCGUUCGCGGGGCUGGGCGCCAUGGUGGUGAAGUGGUACAAGCGCCCCCAGGACUGGGAGCGGUCGAGCAGCUUCUCGUCGUGGCUGCUGCCCAUCCACACGGGCCAGUCCUUCACCACCAGCAAGGGCUCCGGCUACGGGUCCCACCGGAGCGGCAACACCUUCUCGUCCACCAUGGGGCUUGGCCGGUUCUUCACCUUCGCGGAGAUCCAGGCGGCGACCCAGAACUUCGACGAGAAGGCCAUCAUCGGCGUGGGCGGGUUCGGCAACGUGUACGUGGGGGAGAUCGACGACGGCACCAAGGUGGCGGUGAAGCGCGGGAGCGCCGAGUCGGAGCAGGGCAUCAACGAGUUCAACACGGAGAUCCAGAUGCUGUCUAAGCUGCGGCACCGGCACCUGGUGUCCCUCAUCGGCUACUGCGACGAGAACUCGGAGAUGAUCCUGGUGUACGAGUACAUGCACAACGGCGUGUUCCGGGACCACAUCUACGGCAAGGAAGGGGUGGCGCCGCUACCGUGGAAGCAGCGGCUGGAGAUCUGCAUCGGCGCCGCCCGGGGGCUCCACUACCUCCACACGGGGACGGCGCAGGGGAUCAUCCACCGCGACGUCAAGACCACCAACAUCCUGCUCGACGACAACUUCGUGGCCAAGGUCUCCGACUUCGGGCUCUCCAAGGACGGGCCUGGGAUGAACCAGCUCCACGUGAGCACGGCCGUGAAGGGCAGCUUCGGGUACCUGGACCCGGAGUACUUCCGGUGCCAGCAGCUGACGGACAAGUCGGACGUGUACUCCUUCGGGGUGGUGCUGCUGGAGGCGCUGUGCGCGCGGCCGCCGAUCGACCCGCAGCUGCCGCGGGAGCAGGUGAGCCUGGCGGAGUGGGGCAUGCAGUGGAAGCGCAAGGGGCUGAUCGAGAAGAUCAUGGACCCGAAGCUCGCCGGCACCGUGAACCAGGAGUCGCUGAACAAGUUCGCCGAGACCGCCGAGAAGUGCCUCGCGGAGUUCGGCAGCGACCGCAUCUCCAUGGGCGACGUGCUGUGGAACCUCGAGUACGCGCUGCAGCUGCAGGACGCCAACCCGCCCGAGGGCGCGCAGCAGGACGGCGACGACGCCGACGGGUCCGUCGGCGGCGCCUCCUCGGUCGGCGGCGGCGGCGUCACCGCCGUGCCCGACCAGUCCACCACCGCCGCCGGGGAGCUCUUCCAGCAGCUCGCCGACAUGAAGGGGAGGUGAUCCGAUCCGAUCCAUCGAUCCAGCACAAACAAUUUACAAAGAAACCGUAGAAAAAAAAUCCGCUUGCCGGCCUUGUGCGUGCACGCAUCGUCGGUGAUGCAUGUACGCGCGGUGAAAUGAGAUGGGGAAAACAAAAGGAAGAGGAGGAAACUGAAGAUCGAGUACGUAUAUGUACAUGUCUGUAUUAUACAUACAUGCGAACAUACUGUGGUCGCAUGCAUCCAGGCAACAACUAGCACUGAUGAUUGAUCGAUUCUUUUUCUCGAAAACAACCUGCUGCUGUCUGAACUCCAAAGAA